AUGGGUGUCGGAAGACGAAUGAAGAAGCAGGGCCCUCCUCAGCCGCUGUCCGAGGAGCAUUUCGCAAAGCUCAAGCGCAAGGCUGGCCUGCCCGUCGAUGCGCCGACCGAAGCCCCGGAGAACAAGAGGAGGAGGACGGCGAAGAAGCCUGAGCCCAAGAGCAACGGGUCUGCAUCCAAGAAGUCCGGGUCGGCAUCAAAAGGUUCAAAGCCCGCGAAGGGAGCCAAGGAGUUGCCCGCGGCCAACGGCAAGUCGUCAAAGUCAAAGGCACCCAAGAAGCCUCUGCUUGAGGAAUCAGAGGAGGAGGAUGAUGAGUUCGAUAUGGAAGACCUAGAGGCCGACGGCUCGGAUGACGAAGUUCAGAAGAUUGGCGACGAUUUCUUGGGGUCUGAUUCCUCCGUCUUCGACUCCGACGACGAGGGCGGCCAGACCAAAGCCAUGUGGUCCGAAGAUGAAGAUGAAUCAGACGCCGAAGAGAAGCUCACAGCCGCCAACAUUGUUGGUCUGUCGAGGAAAUUAGACCAGAAGCUGGAGGAGGAAGCCGCGGCAAACGAGGAGGAAAUGCUGCAAAGUGCCUUACAGACCAACAUCAGCGGCGAUAAGCCUAAGGUGCUGGCAGAUGAGGACGACGAUCUUGAAGCCGAGAAGAACGAGUUUCUGGCUCCUGAUCUGCAGCUUUUACGGACAAGAAUCACAGAGAACAUUCGAGUCUUGGAUGAUUUCAGCAACCUCCGCCAAGAGGGCCGCUCGCGUGCCGAGUACACUGCACAGUUGCUCAAGGACGUCUGCGCCUAUUACGGCUACUCUGAGUACCUUGCCGAGAAGCUCUACAACCUCUUCACCCCACGUGAAGCCUUUGCCUUCUUCGAGGCCAACGAAACCGCACGUCCUGUUGUCAUCCGUACAAACACUCUUCGCGCCAACCGACGAGAGCUUGCUCAGGCGCUGAUCAACCGUGGUGUCACCCUCGAGCCUGUGGGCAAGUGGUCCAAGGUCGGCCUGCAAGUCUUUGAGAGCUCAGUACCCCUAGGUGCUACGCCCGAGUACCUCGCUGGUCACUAUAUUCUCCAAGCCGCAUCCUCUUUCCUACCCUGCAUGGCCCUCGACCCGCAGGAGAAUGAGAGGGUUCUGGAUAUGGCCGCUGCCCCAGGUGGUAAAACAACCUACAUGGCCGCAAUGAUGAAGAACACCGGAAUCGUCGUCGCCAAUGAUCCCAACAAGGCUCGUGCCAAGGGUCUCAUCGGUAACAUUCACCGUCUUGGUGCCACCAACGUCAUCGUCUCCAACUACGACGCUCGGGAGUUCCCCAAGCCCAUGGGCGGCUUCGACCGAGUCCUGCUCGACGCUCCCUGCUCCGGCACCGGCGUCAUCGCCAAGGACCCCAGCGUCAAGACCAACAAGACGGAGCUCGACUUCAUGCAGCUGCCGCACAUCCAGAAGCAGCUGAUCCUCGCCGCCAUCGAUUCCGUCGCCCACAACUCCAAGACGGGCGGCUACAUCGUGUACUCGACCUGUUCCGUCACCAUCGAGGAGAACGAGGCCGUCGUGCAGUACGCCCUCAAGCGCCGGCCCAACGUCAAGCUCGUCGAGACCAACCUCGCCUUCGGGAAGGAAGGGUUCACCAGCUUCCGCGGCAAGUCGUUCGACCCCAGCAUGAGCCUCACCCGCCGCUACUACCCCCACAGCUACAACGUGGACGGCUUCUUCGUCGCCAAGUUCCAGAAGAUUGGCCCCACGCCGGCCAAGACCAGCGCGCCCCGCGAGAGGUCCUCGGGAGGCGCCCCUGAGGUCAUCGACAGGACUCCCAUUGCUCUCGAUGAUGACGAGGACGACAAGGCCAAGAACGACGACUUUGGCGGGUGGAACGAGGAUGAGGAUGAGCAGUACAUUGAGAAGGGAAGGAGGAAUGCCAUGAGGAGACGUGGUCUGGAUCCCCACAGCGCCGGUAAAAAGUCGAAAAAGUCGAGCAAGUAA